AUGGCGAAGAUGCUGAUGCCCCUGUGCACCUUCUUCCUCCUGGUCGGAGGGCCGUCGGUGGCGGCGGCUCAAUGGACACCCGCCUUCGCCACCUUCUACGGCGGCAGCGACGCCUCCGGCACCAUGGGCGGCGCGUGCGGGUACGGCAACCUGUACGACGCGGGGUACGGGACGCGCACGGCAGCGCUGAGCACGGCGCUCUUCAACGGCGGCGCCAUGUGCGGCGCCUGCUUCGCCAUCGCCUGCGACGCCACGAGGACCCGGUACUGCAGGCCGGGCAGCACCUCGCCCAUCACGGUCACGGCCACCAACUUCUGCCCGCCCAACUGGGCGCUGCCCGGCGACCGCGGCGGCUGGUGCAACCCGCCGCGCCGCGACAUGGCGCAGCCGUGGUGGGAGGCCAUCGCCGUGUACCGCGCCGGCAUCGUGCCAGUCCACUACCGCCGCGUGCCGUGCCGGCGCACCGGCGGCGUCCGGUUCACCGUCGGCGGGCACAGCUACUUCGAGCUGGUGACGGUGGCCAACGUGGGCGGCAGCGGCGUGGUGGCGCAGGCCUGGGUCAGGGGCGCCCGGACGCGCUGGAUGGCCAUGGCCCGGAACUGGGGCGCCAACUGGCAGAGCAACGCCUACCUCAACGGGCAGAGCCUCUCGUUCCGGCUCCGGUCCGACGACGGCCGCGUCGUCACGGCCUACGACGUCGCCCCCGCCGGGUGGUGGUUCGGCGGCACCUACACGUCCAAUGCACAGUUCUACUGA